AUGGAACCAGGUCAGGUGGUAUACACUGUAAUGGAGGGUCUGAUUAGCCUAAGCUGUUGUGUGGGGAACGUGCUGGCGAUGGUGGCUCUGUGGUCCAGUGGGAGUCUGCAGGAGGAGCCCACCUACUGCUUGCUGUUUUCCCUGAGUGUAGCAGAUGCUCUGGUGGGGUCUGUGGCUAUCCCUUUGUCAGUGAUGGUGGAUGGGCGCGUCACCACCUCCUUCAGCCUGUGUCUGUUCUUCAGCUGUGUUCUCCUGCUCCUCAUACUGGGCUCUGUGCUCUGUCUCACAGCUAUAGCAGUGGACAGGUACCUCAGGGUCUACAUCCCGAUGAGAUACAAAAGGAUAGUGACUCAGAGACACUACUGGCUGGUGGUUGCUGGAUGCUGGCUUGUUGCGUUCCCUCUCAGCUUCAGUCCCAUGUUCGGAUGGUACAACAAGGAAACUCUGGCCCACUCAAACAACUCCAUUAUUCUCUGCCGGUUCAUUGCAGUUAUCCCAAUGUCUUACUUGGUUUAUUUUAAUUUUUUCCUCUGCACACUAAUGCCUUUGUUGGUGAUGAUAAUACUGUAUUUUAAAAUCUUUUGGACCAUUCGUAGAAACCUGAGAGGUAAGCCAGGGAAUGGAGUUCAGACACAAUCCCACAUGUAUAUAAAAAAAGAGAGACAACUUGCAUUUUCGCUCUUUCUGGUCAUGAUUUUGUUUGCUGCAUCCUGGUUGCCUCUACACAUUAUGAACUGUAUUGCGUACUUUGGUGGGGUAACACUGGUGCCUGUAGUGGCUUUCUACAUUGGCAUUCUGCUCUCUCAUGCAAAUUCAGCUGUGAAUCCCAUUGUGUAUGCUUUUAAAGUACCAAAAAUCAGAGCAGCCUAUUUCAAACUUUGGAAGAAGUAUGCAACCUGUGGAGAGGAAAGGCGAGGACCAGAGAACAGCCAGACAACAGAUUACAAUAGUAAUGCAGACUUUGUUGAGACAACGUAAAGGCAUGUUCCACUUUAAAUCCACUUGCCUGGUAGAUGC